CCCAAAGCCACCCAAAUCCUCAGAAUAACAAUGGCUUCAGCCUACAAACCACGCAUCCCUCGCAAUGCCAUCUCCCAGUCCGUCUCCAUCCUUGAACCAAAUGACACCGCCCGCAAAGCGGUCCUCUCCGUCUUUGAACUCAUCGAGCAAAUCCUCCUCCAACUCCCCAUGUACGACCUCCUCAUGGCACAAUCCGUCUGCACGCGUUGGCGCACUGUCAUUCUCUCCUCCUCUCGCAUCCAACGGGAUUUGUACUUCCUCCCGCGCGAAGUACCUUCAAAUGCCUCCCCUGCCGAUUUGAAGCCGAAUCCUGUCCUUGCUGCGGCCUUUGAAGAGGUCUUCGAGAUUUCCAAGCGUAGGGGCCUGUACCACAUCUGGCAGAGGGAUUUCACGGUGCGGAAGGCAUUCUGCAUGGAAAUUCUACUGCAUUCAACAAUGGAUAGCUGGACAGAGGAGGUGAAGUAUAAGGAGGCAUCUUGGAGAAGGAUGUUGAUGACACAGCCGCCGGUUUCGAGUGUUGCGGUGACAGACUUGAGGGUUGCGCCGGACUAUGAUGACUGUUUUGCGGAGUGGGUAGAUAUUGAAGAGGGGGUGAGGAUGGGAGAUUUGUUGGAACUAAAUGAGGAUUACGUAGAUGCGCGAUAAGAUGGAAGACGGCUGUUGGCUCUGAAGAUUUCUAGGAGGCGUAGAACCAAGUCGCACCCUUCGCACCCUUCGCGGAUUACCGACGCACAUAACCACUUUUGGCGGAGCGCGUAGAAUUGGUUUGGAGAAUGGAGAAAACGAGCCCCCAAGGUGGGUGAGUGUUGAGGAUAGCUAGUACUAG